AUGGAUAUCUACGCCUCCACUUUAUCACCAGCGCUGGACGUCGGUGUAGGCUGUUACCUACUGGUUUUGGCUGUGUUCUCCAUCUUUGGGAAUCUUCUUGUCCUCAUCAUGGCGUUCAAAAGGUCAUCACGGAUGAAGCCGCCGGAGCUGCUGAGCGUGAAUCUGGCAGUGACCGACCUGGGAGCGGCUGUCACCAUGUAUCCCCUGGCAGUGGCCUCCGCCUGGAGCCACCACUGGAUCGGGGGAGACGUUGCCUGUGGUUAUUACGCCCUGGCAGGAUUCUUCUUUGGCGUCGCCAGCAUCAUGAACCUGACCGUCUUGGCCAUCGUGCGCUGUGUUGUCUCCCUCAACCUGCAGACUCACAAGGAGAAAAUCGGCUGGAAGAAGGUGAAGAUGCUGUGCAUGUGGUGCUGGCUGUGGGCACUGAUCUGGGCUCUGUUCCCUCUACUGGGCUGGGGUCGAUACGGCCCGGAGCCCUUCGGACUGUCCUGCUCCCUUGCCUGGGGACAGAUGAAAUACGAGGGCUUCUCUUUCGUCAUCUCCAUGUUCACCACCAACCUCCUCUUGCCUACCAUCAUCAUCGUUUCCUGCUACUUUGGCAUCGCCAUCAAGCUCUACUGCAUCUACAGAAAGUCCGAGAACACCAACCAGGUCCAAAAUUUAGUCAAGCUGCAUCGGAGGCUGUUGAUAAUCGCUGUCCUGAUCAGCUUGGGCUUCAUAGUCUGUUGGACACCCUACGGCAUUGUGAGCCUGUGGUCUGUUAUCUACGACAGCAGCAGCAUCCCACCUGAGAUCAGCCUUCUUCCCUGCAUGUUUGCGAAGAGCUCCACUGUGUACAAUCCCCUGAUUUACUACAUGUUCAGCAAAAGCUUCAAAAGAGAGGUAAAGCAGCUGCGGGGGCUGUGCCUCAGCUUUAACUCGUGCCCCAGUGCCGACACCAUCAAUGAAACAACCAUUUACAUGGUCAGUGCCGACCUCAGGCCCAAAAUAGCAGCGCAGUCUGAGCUGACAGAGCAAAGUGUGACUCUGGGUUGA